GUACUUGUCCUGUGUCUGGAAGAGUCUCAAAGCUGGGGAAAAGACUGCACCUAGACAAACCUCUGCAAGACCCACAGAAUGGAGAAGACAAGUAAAGUGCAAGAAGAAAAGCACCUCACAGGAACCUUGGUGCUCUCCGUCUUCGCUGCAGUGCUGGGCUUCUUCCAGUAUGGAUACGGUCUUGGGGUCCUCAACGCUCCUCAAAGGGUAAUAGAGGCCCAUUACAGCCGGGUACUGGGCAUUGCCCCCAUUGACAGAAGUGCCAACAAUUUCACGGACACAAAUGGAAGCAUGGUCUCCCCAACUGUAGUAGGACAGGAUGUAGGCAAGAGUGUCACAAGCUCUCACCACAUACUCACGCUCUACUGGUCCCUGUCAGUGUCCAUUUUUGCCGUUGGUGGAAUGAUUUCCUCUUUCACUGUUGGAUGGAUUGGCGAUAAACUGGGCAGAGUGAAAGCCAUGCUGGCUGUGAAUGUUCUGUCUAUCACUGGAAAUCUCCUCAUGGGACUGGCAAAAUUUGGCCCAUCUCACAUCCUUAUUAUAGCUGGAAGAGCAAUCACAGGGCUGUACUGUGGAAACGGAACCUCAUGUUUAUGUCAAGACCUUUGGAAACAGACGAUGCCACACAUGAAGGCUAUCAUCAGGACUUGUUCCAAUGUAUGUUGGUGAGAUAUCACCUACAGCCCUUCGAGGAGCCCUGGGAACACUGCACCAGCUUGCUACAGUCACGGGUAUUCUCAUCAGCCAGGUAUGUAAA